UUUGACCUUGCGUUUUAUCGAUAGACGCUAUUUAGAAACAUUGCUACAACAGUAGGGAAAGUAAGAAAGCUUCUGUUGUAAAAUGCUUAUUAUAAUUCAUGAAGACGUUCACCUUUGCGCAGGAUGCGUGUUUAUGUUGCAUGUUGAUCAUUCUUUCGAUAGGUUGAGAGCAUCGAUGAUGAGGAGAACAUCGUCGGGAAUCAUUUGGCUUUGUUUGCUGAGCAGUGUUUGGUUGCCAUUUACCAAAGGAGGUGAGUAUUAUUCUAAUUUUUCUUCUUUUCCAUUAAGAUCUUAAGUUUAAUCGGAAGCAAUCUCUCGAAGCUAUUUGAAGUGAGCGUUCAAAUGCCACCUUUAAUUGUCAAGUUUACAUGCUUGUUGUAUAAGAAGCGCAAUUUCUUCGCCAUAUCAUUAAUCCCUUCAAUAAAGAUAAAAGUUCAGUGGAUUUAAAUUCAAUUUGCUUGCAAAACACAAUCCUUUUAAUCGAAUACAUCUUUAUUUCUUGUGGCCAUCGCUGAGAUUUUUUUUGUGCGUUGAACCAUUACACGAAUAAUCUAGAAGCCUUCUUCAAAAUUCUUGCGACUUCAAACUUACAUUCUAUGACCAAUUCGAAGAAUAAACUUUUCACGUCGCUUUAGUCAGCAUUAACAAAAGCAAAAAGACGAAAUUUUUUGCAGUUUGACAUUAUCAUUUUGGAUAUUUAGUAAAAUGCUGAUAGGAUGAACAAGCGCAGGAAAUUUGUUCGAUCAUUUCCUAAUUAUAAAGGAAAAGCCCGGAGCAGUGCCUUUGAAACCUUACUCCACAUUUAUCUGAACAAUAAAAUGAAUUAUGAAAAAGAAACCUUGAACUCUGAAGUGAGAUGACUUAUAUCAGACUUUCGGCAUUGCGGUACUUGUCAUAGGGUGUACAGAAGUAGGUGUGCAGAAAUACUGCAAGUUAAAGCAAAAUGAUUUCGCACAUAAAUAAGUUUUGCUUGAGUGUUCUGCCAGCGCACACAGUGUUAAAUAAUUUCUUCAAAUUGUAGCUUUCCCUGAUGUAAUGAUGUUUCUGCGCGUUGUUAUAUUUCGUUAAUUUACGUUAAUUUUUUGUACCUAAAAUUGCAUAUUGUUCAACAGGCUGAUCAUGAUUAGAGAGUAUUUGUUGAUCUGUCUAGUCAACUCGUUAUGAGACUAUGAGACUUUUCUUUAUUAAUUUUUCCUCGAAAAACUGUUAUUCGUGCGAAUUAACCAAUCUUCAUCCUGGAAAUUAAGGGCAAUGUAUAAUUUUCAUCGUCUCAUUGAGUUAGAAGACUGCUAUUAUACCAUAUCUCGACAACUAUUUAGUAGUGAAACAAUAUCAACAACAAAUACUACAGUUUAUUACAAUGUACGGAGAUCUGUCCUUACCCAAAAAGAACUGGUUACUUCAAUGAGCUAAAUCUCUUCCAAGAGAGGAACCUUCUUAAUGAACUCUGAUGCACUGAUGUGUUCAAAACAGGAUCUUUGGCACUCGAAUAUCAUAAUUGGCAUUUAAGGCAACAAAACUUCUGUGUUUGGAAUUUAAAGAGUGAAUAACGGUAUCCUCGAUCUGGAUAAAUCUCUAUCUGGUGGAUAGCACAAUAUUUUUAUUAACGUUUGUUAACUGGAUAGCGAUUUAUCCGUUGGAUUGUGUUAUUCGCCUUUAGAGAAACUGAGCCCUUGGCUCUAUGUGAAAAAAACAAAUUACAACAUUUUACAGCUCUACAUCAUCACGAAGAAGACAAGCAAUUCUUCUUUGUUGAACCUUCCUAUGGGUAAAUGAGCCUGUUUCCUUUCUCAAUGAAUUUGCUUUUGUCCAGCAUGAUUAUCAAAAUAUCAACUAAAAGGUACCUUCGCGUUAUGUGUUGGAGCCAUUCUUUCGAGAGCUUGAGUUUUAAUUUUUCUUUUUAUUUCCUCGCAGCAUCAGAAUACAUCAUAAACGAGAAAUACGAUGGUAUGUACAAACAAUGAUUCAUAUGAUUUGUUAAAAAUAGCGGGAUCACUGUCAGUGGCUGAGCAACUGCUUACCUACCCCUUCCCAAGGUUCUUCUCAUGUUACCCUCCCUUAAUCCAACAACAGUCAAUUGAUAGCAAUUUAGGGUUAACGUUGGGUUAGGGGAGGGGUAGGUGGGAAGAUUCUCAGAUACUGACAUUGAUCUAAAUAAAGUGACAUAUAGUUCUCAUCAUUGCUGUGGCUAUGAAACUUGCUUUUGAUGUGUUAGUAUUAUGUAAGAUUCCUAUGUGGAAAAUAGGGUAGCAUUUUGAAAGUAGCAACUAUACUAUUUAGUACUCACCAAUAGACAUAAUGAUAGAGUGUAUAUGUAGCUUCACCACUUGGAAAUAUGUCAUGAGUAGUUUCAACGAUCUACCAGAUUCGACACUGAAACACUGCUCAGAAAUGGAACGCCAAUUUUUCUACUUCAUUUAUUACUUUCAGCUAUUCUUGUGGACUGUGCCAUUGCAUUCCUUGUUUUGGCCAUAAUUUUUUUGGUUCUUCUGCUCAUUACAUCAGUGUUCAUUUACAGGAGGAUGGACGAUGGCGACGAGAGGUAAAUAACAGUUAUUUUAAAGAGAAAUGUUUAAAAACUUGCAUCACAAGAGAGUCAGAAGGAGUAUCUUCAUCGUUGUCGGGUUUUAAAGUCAAACGAAAGUACAUAAAGUGAGUCUUUGAAUAUUUCAAAAAAGUCAGACCAAACAACAAAACACAAUAGAAAAACAUUCUAACAAAGAAAUAAAUGUUUUUAUAAAUAGCUGAAGAAAGGAAUAGAAAAAGAGUAAAAAAAGAAAUCCAAUGAAAACCAAGAAAGUUACGUAUGGUGGGGUCAUACUUCCACUACGAUUUCGUGUAACUUACGAUGUGAAGAUUGUCAUUAUGAGCAGAUGACAUUAGUAACCAUGUUUCGAAAUUGGUUUGGUCUUGUCUCCAGUUCCUUGCCACAAAUUUCUUUCGAUGGCUCAGUUAUCAUUUUUAACCUUGCUAGCCUAUUUGUGAGUGUACAAUUUUCCUAACAUAAAGUAUGUCUAAUAGUACGACUUAAAUCUAUCUUCAACUGGACUUUUUACAAGACAAUGAGAUUUUAUCAACUGAGUUGAGCGUUUGCUCCUCGUCAGGACUAACGGAGAAAAAAAGUAUAAAUACUAUUAGGGUUUUUGAAUUGGCCACCGUCCGAGUGAAUGACUCAGAAAGAAAGUUUACAAACUCUUUACGGUGGCCCAUUCACAUUAUCAACUCCGGUUGACUUUUGAUUACCAACUCAUGAAUUUUAAAGCGAUCUUCGCAGGUAUAAACACUACUUAAGCAGUAGAUAAAAAGCAACUCUUCUUAUAUUCCCCACCGAUACAGCAGAACAAGGUCUUUAAAAAAACUUAUUCCCUUUCUUCUUUUACUUUUUAGUUUGGGGAAUACUAGGUAUCAGGUGUCUUAUCGAGACAGUGAACCUGGAAAUACCAGAGACAUUACAAGUCCUUUUUAUGGCCAUAGCAUUUACACCCGCCGUACAACAACGAAUAUGUACCUGCCUGGUCGUCGCGACAAUGCUUCAGUGAUUGGUGUAGACGGAAAACCAGUUAAGGUACUGUUACAAAAGUAACCAUACUCACUCAUCUUCCAUGCACACUAUCCUAUCAUGCAUUGAUCAGUUAUAACCAAUCAGUCAAUCAAUCAUAUAUCUAUACAUCCAUAUACCUAUUUAUCUAUAUAUCUGUGUGUCUAUCAAUCUAUAGAUCUAUCUUUCUAUCCAAAAGACCCAUCUAUCUAUCUAUCUAUAAAUCUUUUAAUCUAUCAAUCUCUCAAUCUAUCAAUCUAUCCAUUUAUCAAUCUACCAUUCUAUCAAUCUAUCUAUCUAUCUAUUUAUUCAUUUAUUUAUCCAUCUAGCUAUCUAUCUACCCAUCCAUCCAUGAAUCCGUCCGUCCAAAAACUCAUUGAUCCAUUCCAAUAUCACUCGCUCGACUGUUUGCCUAUUCGUUCUUACGCUCAUCCAUUCCUUUUAUCAUUACCUAAGUCGGCUUCCUUUCAAAUUUUAAUCGACAUCCGAUGAUUUAUCCUCCUUCCUUUAUUUCAGUAGACGACCUUGAUUUCAGUCCGCUUGUUGUUCCAUAUUUACCAAAGUUACCAGCCUUGCUCGAUUUUCUUUGAAGAAGCUGUUGGGGUAACGUGGGUAACGUGGCUGCCUUUUUUCGCACCAAUUAAAAUUGCGAGUAUAUAAUAUAUUUUUGUUUUAUCACAGAAUAUGGCUUAUGAAAACCAAGCAGCUGCUAUGGAAAUUGAAGGAAAGAGCUUCAGAGACUCUCCCCCAGCAGAAAAAGGCCAGAAGGACUCCAUGAUGAGCGAGAAAAGGAUUGGAGCGAUGGCAACUUUUGAGAAUGCUGCCUAUGGCAGUGUAGAGGAGAAACAGUCAAAGGAACAUACCUACGAAACCAUUCAUAACGUUAGCACCCAACGCUAUGCUACUACUCGUCUUUCGUUCCCAAAGAAAGUCACUUCAGAUCUGUAAAGGAAAACCGAAACACUAGUUAGGGAAAUAAAGUUUUCGUCAAGGAGCCGCUUUAGUUUAGAGGGUUGUAAAAAGUAAGCUCAUCCUAAAUUUCUUCGAAGAAAAAUGUAUAAAAUGAUGCAUUCCAAUAUUAGGUCAUGAUGAUUUUGUGUUCUGAUACUGAGCUUGUAUCAAAGAUGUUCACCUGGAGAGCAAGUUGGCGUUUUAAGUAUGAAUUGUCUGAUUGUAUAUAACUUUAACAAAUACUCUAGAAACACCUAUCU